GUUUGAAAGAGGAGUAUCCUACUCCCAUUCAUACCUUGAGAGUGGAGUCUCUGAUUAUGGUUGUUAGAGCAUGAUUAGGGAAAGAGGAAAGGGACAGUUUCCUCUCAACACCAGCUUUAAGCCAUUGACAGUUCCUGUAGGGACCAGUCUGGCUGUAGUUGUGUCUGGAGGCUGAAUUCAUAGAGAACUACAGAUAUAAUGAGGCUUCUGAAGGAAACUCUGAGGUUCCUGUUACUCUGGGCCUGUCUGGACUCUGUGACCACCUCAAGUGGCUGUUCGUUAUUUUUCUGCAGUAAAUCUCACCGUGUCAGCAGCCUUAAUGGAGACGACCCGGGCUCCCCCCUCUUCCUCACUCCCUACCUGGAGAAGGGCGCCAUAGAUGAAGCUCGCAAACUGAGUCUGGUAGGAACCCUGCCAGGAGCCAAUGUCAAGAGUUACGCUGGAUACCUCACAGUCAACAAGACAUGCAACAGCAACCUCUUCUUUUGGUUCUUCCCUGCACACGCGGCAGACUCAGAGAAAGCUCCAGUCCUGCUCUGGCUGCAGGGUGGACCCGGUGCCACCGGCAUGUUUGGCCUCUUUGUGGAACAUGGACCGUAUGUGGUGCACGAGAACUUGACCGUUGGUUUGAGGGAUUAUGCUUGGACGAGCAAAUACUCAGUUUUAUACAUUGACAGUCCAGUUGGGACAGGGUUCAGCUUCACUGAUAAUGACGCAGGUUAUGCUCAGAACCAGGAUGAUGUUGGCAGAGAUUUGUACAGCGCUUUAACGCAGUUCUUCCAGAUCUUUCCUGAUUAUCAAUCCAAUGACUUCUAUGCAACUGGAGAGUCAUAUGGAGGGAAGUAUGUCCCUACCAUUUGUCACUACAUCCAUAAAAACAACCCCAAGGCCAAGGUGAAAAUCAACUUGAAGGGGAUGGCUAUAGGAAAUGGAUUCUGCGAUCCAGAGCUGAUAGUGGCUGGUUAUGGGAAGUUCCUGUAUCAAACAGGAAUCAUAGAUGAGCUGCAGAAGCAUUACUUUGACAAGCAGACAGACCUUGGAAUUAAGUACAUCCAUCAGAAGAAUUGGAAGUUGGCUGUAGAGGUUUUUGAGCGUUUGAUGGAUUGCGAUGUGUAUCCAAACAGUACCUUCUUCCAAAAUGCUACCGGCUGCACCAACGUCUUCAACUACAUGACAUGUCAGAAACCUGACCAUCUAAAAUAUGCCACCCAGUUCGUGACUCUGUCAGCGGUGCGGCAAGCCAUCCACGUGGGCAACCUGACGUUCCACAGUGGCUCAGAGGUGGCGAGGCACCUCCUGCAGGAUAUCCUGAUGAGCAUUAAACCGUGGCUGGGGGUGCUGAUGGAUAAUUAUAGGGUCUUGAUGUACAAUGGUCAUCUGGAUGUGGUUGUGGCUGUUCCAUUGACUGAGAAGCUAAUUACUACUGUCAACUGGACCGGCGCUGCAGAGUACAAGAAAGCCCCUCGCUUCUACUGGAAGAUCCAGCCCACUGACACGGAGGUGGCUGGUUAUGUUCGACAGGUUAAAGAGUUUUACCAGGUCGUUGUCAGGGGAGGGGGACACAUUCUCCCUUACGACCAGCCAGCGAGGUCCUUCGAUAUGAUUGACAGAUUCUUGUCAAAGCGGGGCUGGAAAAAUCCAAUUUAAAGAACACAUUCAUCAGAUUAACUUGAUUGCAAGAGCCGAUUGUUAAAUCCACUUUAAUUGAGCAUAUUUUGUACUUAUUUGGAGCAAAUUUAAUAAAAAAAAAAAAAAAAAAGAAGCUG